AUGUCGCCAGUUUGGCAACCACCGAAGAAUUAUCGGAACCGACCCGUCGCUGUACUCGGCGCCGGCGUGCUCGGGCGUCGCAUAGCCACUGAUAAUUGCUUCACAGGAUGUAUUUGGGCAUCAGCCGGAUAUAACGUUACCAUCCGGGAUCCCAGUGCUCAACAACGCUUGGACGGAAUCGCCUAUAUCAACGAAAAUGUAAAGUCGUAUGCGCAGAACACUGGUCAAGCCCCUGGCACCGCAGCGGCAUUCGAGAAUGUGGCAGACGCUGUGGCAGACGCUUGGCUCGUAAUCGAGGCUGUCCCAGAGAAAAUUACGCUUAAAAUCGAUACUUUUGCAGAACUGGCCGUCGUCGCACCGGAUGAUUGCAUCUUAGCUUCAAACUCGUCCUCGUAUAAAACCUCUGAGAUGCUUGAAAAAGUCCCUGCUAUAACAAAACCCCGAAUCUUAAAUAUGCAUUACUAUAUGCCUCCACAGUGUAUGAUUGUGGAGCUUAUGACAGAUGGUUUUACUACAGAGGGGAUUUUUCCUUUUCUAGCCGAGAGGUCAAAAGAGGCGGCAACAUUACCAUACAUUGCGAGAAAAGAGUCUACCGGAUUUAUAUUUAAUCGCCUUUGGGCGGCUGUUAAACGCGAGGCUCUGACUAUUCUAGCGGAAGAAGUGUCGGUUCCUGAAGAAAUCGACUCCAUGUGGGCGGAAAUGUUCAUUAAAGGGCGCGCAACCCCUUGUAAAAUGAUGGAUGGUGUCGGUCUGGAUACGGUCGCCUUCAUCGAGUCUCAUUAUAUUAAGGAACGCGGUCUUUCCUCAGCAAAAACUGUAGACUUUUUGCAGAAGAACUACCUUGAUCAUGGCAAGCUGGGCCUUAAAAGCUCAGAUGGUGGCCUUUACCCUCCCGUACAAGAACACUCGAAUGGACCGAGAGUUCUAGUCCUGGAUAUUGGACUGUCGACCGCACCGCCAUCCAUGAACUCGGGUGAAAUUCUCGAAUAUACAGCAGAUGGGAAAUUUGAACGAGUACUAUUUCAAAGUCAGGCAAUGCCCGAUGGUUUGGCUGUCGACCCUGCCAGUAAACGCAUGUUUUGGACCAACAUGGGUAUACCAGGCAAGAACGACGGCGCUGUUUACUCCGCCAAUCUAGACGGCACCGAUAUUUAUACCGUCAUUGCUCCGGGUCGUAUUAAUACACCAAAACAGUUGACCUUGGAUCUAGUGGCGAAGAAGGUCUACUUUUGUGACCGCGAAGGUUGUCGUGUUUACCGCUGUGGUUUUGACGGCUCUAACCUCGAGACCCUUAUUUCAAAUUGCAAAGCUAAUGAAGGUGCUGAGGAUUGGUGUGUCGGUAUCGCUGUGGCCCGUAACCUAGGAAAAUUCUACUGGACACAGAAGGGACCUUCCAAGGGGGGCAAAGGCCGCAUUUUCUGUGCCAAUAUUAAGACUCCAUUGGGUCAAGAUGCGGCAUCAAGGACCGACGUUCAGUGUAUUCUGGGCGGUCUUCCUGAACCGAUUGAUCUUGAGGUAGACGAGGUGUCUAAGUUAUUAUACUGGACUGAUCGCGGUGAGAUUCCCUUCGGCAAUUCUUUAAACAGGAUUCAACUAGACGAAUAUGGUCGACCAUUGACGGGUUCUGCCUCCGCAAAGCCUGAAAUUCUUACUCGUCAUCUCAAGGAGGCGAUUGGAUUAAAAUUAGACACCGAGCGGGGUCAUAUCUAUUUGACAGAUCUUGGUGGUAAUAUCUAUCGCUGUGACCUAGACGGCAGACGCAAGGAGAAGAUAUUUUCAGAUGAUUGUCGGGCUUUUACGGGAAUUGCGGUACUAUAG